CUAAGGGCGCAGCUCCCAAUACUAAAAAAAAAAAAAUAAACAAAUGAAAAUUCCGAAACGCAAGUUUUCGGUCUCUCUCCUUAAAUGGCGACUCGUGUCGAGACUGCAGUAGACACUUGUCGCCAUUACCACUCUCCAUACAAUCUCAAUUUCAGACCUCUCACAUACAGACACUCUUCCAAAUUUCCACGCUUCAGAAAAAAAAAAGAAAAAAAAACAAUAAAAAGAAACCAAGAUAAAGCAAAAACCAAAACUGAAGUAGUGCUUUAUUGGAUGGGCAUAUAAACUAGACUUUAUAUAAAGCUGAGGUAGUUGUUGUAACAAUUUCUCAAUUUGUCUAAACAAAUGGGGUCACACAUGAACUUCAAUGGCUUUGGGGAUGCACCAUUAGGUGAAAGUGGUAGUGGUGGAGGAAGUGGAAAGCCAAUAGGGAAUAAUAAUAUGUUGGCUAGGCAGUCUUCUGUGUACUCAUUGACUUUUGAUGAAUUUCAAAACACCAUAGGUGGAGGAUAUGGAAAAGAUUUUGGAUCAAUGAAUAUGGAUGAACUCUUGAAAAAUAUCUGGACUGCUGAAGAGACUCAAAUAUUGUCUGCUUCCGUUGGAAUGGGAGGUGGUAAUGGUGUUGGUGUUGGUGCUGGUGGCAGUGGUAGUGGUGGUGGUGUGAAUAUGAAUGGAAAUAUACAGAGACAAGGCUCAAUAACUUUGCCCCGAACACUGAGUCAAAUGACAGUAGAUGAGGUGUGGAGAGACUUGUUUAAAGACAGUGAUAAUGGAGCUAAAGUUGGUGGUAGUGGUAGUAAUGGUACUACUUCAGUGGGGGAAGCAAACAUGCCUCAGAGGCAGCAAACUUUGGGAGAGAUGACCUUGGAGGAGUUUCUUGUCAGAGCAGGGAUUGUGAGAGAAGAUGCUCAUGAAAUUGGAAGGCCUUCCAUUAAUAAUGGAAGUAACAACCAUGCCAAUGCCAAUGCCAAUGCUAAUGCUAAUGCUUUAGCUUUUGGAUUCCAACAGCCAAGUCGGAACAAUGGAUUAGUAGAUAAUCGAAUGCCCACGAUGACUAAUCCUACUACAAACCGGCCUUUAAAUUUGCCAAUGAACAAUGGUGGAGUCAGAUCUUCUCAACAAGUACAAAUGCAGCAGCAGCAGCAGCAACAGCUACAGCAACAGCAGCUGAAGUCCCAACAACAACAGCAGCAGCAGCAGCCGCUCUAUCCCAAGCCUGCAACCUUGGCCUUUACCCCACCAAUGCAUUUGGUAAGCAAUGCUCAGCUCACAAGCCCAGCAACUAGGGAAACAAUAGUUGGGGUUAAUGAGCCAGCUGUGAGUUCUGCUUUAGUCCAAGCUAGGGGUUUACAACAAGGCAGAGGGGGGAUUAACAGCAUGGCAAAUGUUGGUGCUGCCACUGGUACUGUUACAGUUGGGACGAGGUCUCCAGCAAAUCACAUCUCCUCAAAUGUAGUUGCAAAGGCUAGUGCAGUGGAUUCACCUUCUGUGUCACCACCAGUCCCUUAUAUGUUCAGUAGAGGAGGCAAGUGUGGCCCUGGUUUGGAGAAAGUUAUUGAAAGAAGGCAUAGAAGAAUGAUCAAAAACCGCGAGUCAGCUGCAAGAUCUCGUGCUCGUAAGCAGGCAUAUACAUUGGAAUUGGAAGCAGAAAUUGCAAAACUUAAGGAAGUGAAUGAAGAGCUACUAAAAAAACAGGAAGAGUAUAUGGAAAUGCAGAAAGUUCAGAUGUUGGAGACAAUGAAUGGAUGGGGAAACAAAAGGCAAUGCUUGAGGAGGACAUUGACAGGUCCUUGGUGAAAAAAUGAUGAGUGGGUUUGGACUUUUAUAUAUAAUAUAUUAUAUAUGCAAAAUAUCUCAAUGAUAUGAAAUUCUGUGUUGUACCAAAAAGUUAGAUAGGCUUAGUUUAUUUUAUAGGGUGUAAAUUAUAAGCUAAGGUUAGUUUAUCAUAUUAAUGUACAUUAUUAUUAAACUUUUGAACUCGGCCGUGUGAUUUUUGUUUGGUUUCCAUUUCAUAGCUUAGAAUUUUUUACA